AUGCUGGCUGAUGUUGUUGAGGCGCUUAUUGAUUGCCGGGACAUCUUAUACGAAGCGGCCCCGGUGGAGCCACCUUGUCCCCCGCCGCCCGGUCUCGAAGAACUUCUCGGCUACACCUUCACCAAGAAGUCUCUUCUGGUCCAGGCUAUUACGCACGCCUCUAUGCCUGGAUACCUGGAAGAAAUCUGCAUGGAACGUCUUGAAUUCGUCGGUGAUGCUAUCCUCGAUCACGUCAUCGUGCAAACACUCGCAAGUGUCCGCCCUCCGCUGCCGUAUCAGAGAAUGCAUUUACUUCGUACCACGCUGGCGAACGCUGCAUUUUUGGGCUUUAGCGCUAUGAUGUUCACCAUUGCCGAGCCCCCCACAGCUUCGACGGUUGAUCCGUUGUCGACCGCCCAGACGGAAGCGGCCACUCCUUUCUUGAAACCUCUCUCGGCAUUCAUGCGGCACGGCGCGUCUCGUGAAAUGGGAAUUGCACAGGAACUUUGUGCAGAACGCUUUGCCAGCAAGAAAGACGCCAUUCUAGAGCAACUGUGGGCGGGCCAUGCGUAUCCUUGGGAGGAUCUUAUGGGGCUUGAUGCAGACAAGUUUCAUUCCGAUUUGCUAGAGGCAGUUAUUGGUGCGGUCUGGAUUGAUUCGGGCUCCUUGGGACUUGUGGAGAUGCUGCUCGACAAGAUCGGCAUUCUACCAUACCUGCGGCGCGCUGUAAACGAAAACAUCCACCUGCUGCAUCCCAAGGAAGAGCUGGAAACUGUGACAGGCAACGUCAAGCUCCUCUAUGAGGUGACACGAAUGGCAAGGUCCGAAGCAACUUCUGCACAGGGCCACACAGAGCCCAAUGGCGACAGUCCUGUCGCCCUCAAGAGAAAGCAGACCGCCUCGGAGAUCUUGGACGAGGGCUACGAUAAUCUUAGUGGCAAUGAUGGCAGCGAAGGGCUCAGCGAGACAUCUGAGGAGGACGAAAUGGACGAGGCGGAAAUCCGUCACAACGCUAUUGUGGGCAGCCGCGAGGACAGAGUCGUCUUCCAAUGCCGGCUCAGUUUCAAUGGCAUAUGCGAGUUUGAAGUGAACUCCUGCAACUCUAGAGAAGAGGCCGAGACAAGGGUGGCUGGUAUGGCCUUGAAAGCCUGGAAGCAGGGAUCUCUCGGUAAGGAGACUGUGGGGCAGAAAUCUUGA